GACGACCCUAAGUCUCCAGUACUCCACCACCCCCGACUGGAGAUUUGAGACCAAUGACUCCCGAGUGCCAAAAAUUUCUCCCCUCUCAUCAGUGUCAUCACGCACUAUCACGGAUUCACGGAGCUCCUGUUCAAAAUGGCCAAUGAUCACAUACUCACACUAUCAUGCCCCGACAAGCCGGGCAUCGUCCACGCGGUAACCGGCGUCUUCGCGGCGCAGAACAUCAACAUCCUCGACCUCCAGCAAUUCUCCGACCCCGUCUCGGAACGCUUCUUCAUGCGUGUCCACUUCGGCCCGACCGAGUCUGAGUCGACCGACCACCUGAACGCGCCGUUCGCCGAACUGGCGUCCCACCUCAAGAUGGACUACACCAUCCGCCCCGUGCACAAGAAGCUGCGCGUCCUGAUCAUGGUCUCCAAGAUCGGCCACUGCCUCAACGACCUCCUCUUCCGCGUCAAGUCCGGCCAGCUCAACAUCGAGGUGCCCCUCAUCGUCUCCAACCACCCGGACUUCCAGCAGCUCGCCGCCAACUACGGCAUCGAGUUCCGCCACCUGCCCGUCACCAAGGACACCAAGGCCGAGCAGGAGCAGCAGAUCCUCGACCUCAUCAAGGAGCGCGACAUCGAGCUGGUCGUCCUGGCGCGCUACAUGCAGGUCCUCUCGCCGCGCCUGUGCGAGGCCAUGUCCGGCCGCAUCAUCAACAUUCACCACAGCUUCCUGCCCUCGUUCAAGGGCGCGAAGCCCUACCAUCAGGCCUACGAUCGUGGUGUCAAGAUCAUUGGCGCCACCGCCCACUUCGUCACCGCCGACCUGGAUGAGGGCCCGAUCAUUGAGCAGCGCGUCGGUCGCGUGGACCACAGCAUGGACCCGAAGCAGCUUGUUGAGGAAGGCUCGAACAUUGAGAGCCAGGUUCUCGCGGCCGCGGUGAAGUGGACGGCUGAGGGGCGUGUAUUCCUGAAUAAUAGUAAGACAGUAGUAUUUAACUAAGGGAAUGCAGUGAAUACUUUAUGACCACCGAGUACAAAGUAAGACUGACAUGGUCUUGUCACUCCUGCGAUGAUUGUUACGUCACCCAAUGUUCCAGGUUGUUUGUAUUAACAGAUCGCUGAAAAGGGAAAAGGGGGUCAUGACUCACUAGGCGACCCGUCUUCUGUCUUUGCGAUAAUGAAAGCCUUUGUCGCCCUGCG